CUCCUCCGGUAGACUGACAGACAGACCGGCAGACCGACAGACAGACAGAUGAUGAAGAUGUUCUCCUCCUCGCUCCUCCUGCUGCUGCUCUCCUUCACCGCCUCCUUCAGCUGCUCCUCCGCCGCUCAGAGAGACUCCAAGCUCCGCCUGCUGCUGCACCGGACCCCGCUGAUGGGCUCCAAGCAGGACAUUUCUCGCUCCUCGCUGGCAGAACUUCUCCUCUCCGACCUGCUGCAGGUGGAGAACGAAGCUCUGGAGGAGGAGAACUUCCCUCUGGCUGCUGGAGAACCUGAAGACGUCCACAUGGACCUGGAGCGAGCGGCCGCCGGAGCCGGACCUCUGCUGGCUCCACGGGAGAGGAAGGCCGGCUGCAAGAACUUCUUCUGGAAGACCUUCACCUCCUGCUGAGGGCCGCCUUCAUCCUCCUCCUCCUCCUCCUCCUCCUCUGACGCUGUACAGAACCCCACUAGUUUGGAUGAAUCGUUUAGACUUUGAGCUGAUUCUUUCUGAAUGUAAGAAACUAUUUUUAAUUGUUGAAUAAAAUCAGUUUCAGACAAAAACAA